AUGUCUUCCCAUGGGAUAAACAAGCAAAAUUGCCUUUUUAUUUGUUUUGGGUGUAUUUUGAGCAUUGUUAUUGGUUUUUUGAUUGGAUGGUUUUCAAAGCCAGUUCCCUCUCCUGAAAAAAGGUUGCCAAAUAUAACACCAUUUGAAAAACAUAAUGAUUUGAAUGACGCAGCUAAAAUAAUAGAACAAAUAGAUAAAGAAAAUAUUAAAAGAAACCUUCGGAAUUACACAUACAAACCAAGAUUGACAGGCACUGAAAAUGAAAAAGAUUUGGUGGAUGAACUUUACAACACAUGGAAAGAAAAUGGUUUACAUAAAGUCAUCAGAACUCCAUACAAGGUGCUAUUGUCAUAUCCGAAUACUUCAAUGCCAAAUAAGGUUCAAAUUCUGGAUAAAAGUGGCACAUCACCAUUAUUUACAUCACAGCCUUAUGAAAAAAACUUAUUAGGAGAAGAUUCUUCAUUAAAAUUAGUGCCCCCUUAUAAUUCAUUCAGUCCGAGUGGAGUUCGAGAGGUGAGACCUUAUACUUUUCAAAAGUAA